AUGAAGCAGAGAGAUGAGAGUAUUAAGCGAGGAAUUGAAAAAAGUGAGAGUAUAAGCGAGAAAAGUGAGAGUAUAAGCGAGAAAAGUGAGAGUAUAAGCAAGAAAAGUGAGAGUAUAAGCAAGAAAAGUGAGAGUAUAAGCAAGAAAAGUGAGAGUAUAAGCGAGAAAAGUGAGAGUAUAAGCAAGAAAAGUGAGAGUAUAAGCAAGAAAAGUGAGAGUAUAAGCAAGAAAAGUGAGAGUAUAAGCAAGAAAAGUGAGAAUAUAAGCAAGAAAAGUGAGAGUAUAAGCAAGAAAAGUGAGAGUAUAGACGAGAAAAGUGAGAAUAUAAGCGAGAAAAGAGAAUAUAAGGAUGCCGGAAAGGGUUCAGGAGAAUAUAAGGAUUCUAGGAAGGAUUCGGGAGGAUAUGAGGCUGCUGGGAAUGGUUCAGGAGGAUAUAAGGAUGUUGGGAAGUGUUCAGGAGGAUAUAAGGAUGCUGGGGAGGGUUCAGGAGGAAAUAAGGAUUCUAGGAAGGAUUCAGGAGGAUAUGAAGAUGCUGGGAAGGGUUUAGGAGGACAUAGGGAUGUUGGGAAGUGUUCAGGAGGAUAUAAGGAUGCUGGGAAGGGUUCAGGAGGGUAUAAGGAUACUAGGAAGGGUCCAGGUGGAUGUGAGGAUGCUGGGAAGGGUUCACGAAGAUAUAAGGAUACUAGGAAGGGUCCAGGAGGAUAUAAGGAUGCUGGGAAGGGUUCAGGAGGGUAUAAGGAUACUAGGAAGGGUCUAGGAGGAUAUAAGGAUGACAGGAGUCCGCGACAGAGCUAA